ACACAGAACUGUAUGCAUGACAGCUGUUAAAUAAAAAAGCAUGUGAAUUAUUUCUUGCUGUGUUAUUUUUGUACAGUGUGAUUAUUUACAUGUUAAGCGUAGCUAUGUAUACCCGCCCACCGUCCCUCCUCCCCCCUGUAUGGAGCUCGACGCAGGAGCUGAGACAUUGCAGGAGCACAGCCACAAAAUCCAUCUGAGAACACUGACCUGCUGGCAUUUCAAAACGAGAUCAUACCCGUUUGUAAGACGUGGACGAUAAACAAACAGCUACUAAACAGAAUCCCGCGUGCUGCCAUGGACAGUGUGAAGAUGGAAUCUGUCCAGAUUAAAGAGGAGUUCACUGAACUUGAACUUGUCCCCUUUACACUGGAGUUUUUUAGGUUGGCUUCCCUUCCCAUGAAACAGGAGCUCUGUGAGAUGCAAUGUGACAGCAGUCAGCCAGAGGUCUCUGAGAUUAAAGCUGAGCACAAUGAAGUGGAGAUCCCCCAGACAGAAGAACCCCUUCCUGUUAAACAAGAAGAGGUGCUGGAAACUGUCUGUAUUAAACAGGAGCCCCCUGAAGUAGAGUUUGACCACAUGGAACCAGUGAAGGAAGAAUCUGAGGACUUCAAACCAAACAUCCCUGAGCUGGCGCCUGUACGCCUGCGGGAGUGUAGCGUGGUGCUGGAGAGAAUCUGCGUGAGAGAGCAAGGCGCUGGAGAGGAAGGCUCUCCCAACAGCAUGCAAGGAGGUGGAAAGGAAGACGGGCGCUCCCAUUCAGAAUGCAGUCUAGCAGGUUCCAGUCCAGCAGCUAAAGCGAGGGCGGACAGUGGAGAAUAUCCUGACUGUGGGAAAGGUUUCACCCAGUUAGGAAACCUGAAAUCACACCAGCGAACUCACACAGGAGAGAAACUGUAUCGCUGCUCUGACUGUGGGAAGAGUUUCAGUCACUCAAUAAUCUUGAAAGCACACCAGCGAAUUCACUAUAAACCGUAUCACUGCUCUGACUGUGGGAAGUGUUUCAAUAGGGUAGACCACCUUGAAAUACACCAGCGAACUCACACAGGAGAGAAACCGUAUCGCUGCUCUGACUGUGGGAAGAGAUUCAGUCGGUCAGACAGCCUUGUUUUACACCAGCGAAUGCACACAGGAAAAAAACCAUAUGGCUGCUCGGACUGUGGGAAGAGUUUCAAUAGGAUACAGCACUUUCAAAUACACCAGCGAAUUCACACAGGAGAGAAACCAUAUCACUGCUCUGACUGUGGGAAUAGUUUCAGUAAUUUAGGAAACAUGAAAGCACACCAGCGAAUUCACACAGGAGAGAAACCGUAUUGCUGCUCUGACUGUGGGAAGAGUUUCAGUCACUCGGGAGAUGUGAAAAGACAUCAGCGAACUCACACAGGAGAUAAACCAUAUCGUUGCUCUGACUGUGGGAAGAGUUUCAGAGAUUCAGGAGACCUAAAAAAACACCAGCGAAUUCACACAGGAGAGAAACCGUAUCGCUGUUCUGACUGUGGGAAGAGUUUCAGUAGAAUGGGCAACCUUGUUUCACACCAGCGCAUUCACACAGGAGAGAAACCGUAUAGCUGCUCUGACUGUGGGAAGAGUUUUAGUAGAACAGGCAGACUUGUUUCACACCAGCGAAUUCACAAGAAACCUUAAGUCCCCAAAUGUUUAGUUUAGGGUUAAACAUCUUCCACACAUUGUAAUUGUUAUAUGAACACAAUGCUACCAGGGCGAAACCUUUACUGCCUUUUUUGGGUGUUGACCAAUCAUGUAUGUAAUCACAGAUGGGUUGUGUCCACUGUCUCCCAAUGCAGAGGUUAGGAUGUGUUGCAAUGGAGCUGCACUGACUCAUGCUGGAGGCUCAUUGCACCAUUAUUCAAAUCUGGAUGCAGUGUUCAUUGCAUUUUGAAAUGCACCAGCGAACUCACACAGGAGGGAAACUGUGUAGCUGCUCUGAAUGUGGGAAGAGUUUCAGACACUCAGGAAACGUGAAUAAACACCAGCGAAUUCACAGAGGAGAGAAACCGUAUCACUGUUCUGACUGGAAAUAGUUUGUCAGGUAGACAGCCUUGUUUUACAACAGCAAACUCACACAGGAGAGAAACUGUAUCUCUGCUCUGACUGUGGGAGUUUCCGUGUUAAAUACAACCUUCAAAAACAUCAGUGAAUUCACAGCAUGGGCGGAGAUGGGGGGGUGGGCAUUGCCAAAUGACAAAUGUUUUCAAUAAUUUUUGAAAAUCCACCCUAUCUUUAAUAAACACUUUCUACACAUUCAAUGGCUGCAACUCAUCGGCCAGAUUCGAGGCUGGCAGGGUCAGCUUCUAGCAGCACCUACACAAGCUACUGCAUCAAUACACAACCGUUUUGUGAGAGAGUGGCUUACUGAGCUUCGGCUAAUUUUAAAACUGUGAACAACAUAUUUGAAGCUGUAACUCUGCUUAGAAAAUGACUAUGCUAUAUUAGCUAAAUUGUGAUCAAGGAUAAAAUGGACAGUUCAAUUAAACUGGUCUGCUUACUGAUUCUUAUCAGUGUUUGCUGCUCAACAUGACAAAGACUUAAGUAAAAGUGAACAAAAAGAUUGCAGGGUAAUUAAUCAGCAGAAGUAAACUGCAUAUGAUUUCACACAGGUUGUAAACUUAUGUGACACUGACAAUUGUUAAAAAGGAUUCGAUAAGUGAAAUAGUCAAAUUGUGUAAUCUCAGUUCUAAUGAGACUUGACUACAAUUAAAUCUGGUGUGUGCUGAUUUAAUGACUGAUUAAUUAUACAACACAAUACUAAACAAUGCUAAAAACAACAUCUGUGUCUAAGUUGUGUUUAAAUGAGCAACAUGUACUUUUUAAAGCUUGUUGUAUCAAAUUAAGUUCUAUCGCUCGGCCUCUCUGAGUCAUUCUCAGUGCUGGAGCCUUCAUCAUGUUACGCAGCACCCAGGCAGACUCAAAACAUGAAUAUAUAUAUAUAUAUAUAUAUAUAUAUAUAUAUUGUAAAAGAGUCGCCCUCACGGCGGUUCGUUGCCCCUUUAAAAACACUGACCCAACACACCGAAAUUGAUUUUUAAGCGCGGUUGCCUCUCCAUCUUCCUUGUCUGCUCCUCCUUAAGCCUCUCUAUUAAAUCUUUAAAAUCCAUUUUUGGGUCUCCAGGGGCGCCCACACUCGCUGCCACCAUAUGUAAAAGAAUCGCACUCACUUCGGUUCGUUGCCCCUUUGAAAACACUGACCCAACACACAGAAAUUGAUUUUUUUAAGCGCGGUUGCGCUAUUUUUAAUAAAACAAAAACAAAAAUAAACAAAACAAACACCUAGCUCUCUUUGAGCACUAACUAAAACAAAACAGGAACCUAAACUAAACAGGACAGCUAAGCUGUUUACCUGUAACAAAAACAAAACAAACAGAACAGCACACCCAGACAAGGAUUCACUCUACCUUUUUUUUUUUUUUUUUUUUUUUAAUUACGGCUGUACCCACACACCAGCACAAUCGGGCUUCUACCCUCUUCAGCAGCUGCCCAGAGCAGACUGACUGCUCUCCUUUUAAACCCUGCACCUGGCUCUAAUUUUCAAUAAUAGCCAGGUGCAGGUACUGAUUAAACAAUAAAACAAUUAACAAAAGACAAUUAACAAAACAAAAGUGUGCCUUCCGCACAUGUUUUUUCUGCAGAAAGGUUUUAACCCCCUCCCUGCCAUCUCAUAUAUAUAUAU